AUGGCAUCGAAACCCAGCUUCAAAGACAAGACAGUCCUCAUUACCGGAGCCGGUAGCGGAAUUGGCAAACUCGAUGUCUCGUCGUCCACAGACUGCACCAACCUCAUCUCUAAGCAGAUCAAUUCCCUCGACUAUCUUUUUAACUGCGCGGGUAUAAAUCCAACCACAACACCUAUCACAGAUACAACUGAUGAGUAUUUCACGAAACUCAUCGACACUAAUCUUCGGGGUACGUUCAACACAACCCGCGCCUGCAUCCCACACAUGCACCCGGGCUCCGCAAUCGUAAACGUCUCGAGUAUCUGUGGUCUCCAAGGCUACGCGGGGUAUUCCGUGUACUGCGCGACGAAAUUCGGGAUUAUAGGGCUUACAAAGUCCCUAGCGGCGGAGUUAGGGCCGAAGGGGAUUCGGGUGAACGCCGUUGCGCCGGGGCCGACGGAUACGCCUACGUUUGCUGGGAAUGUAGAAGGGGAUGAGAGGAAGGAGAAGGAUGUUGGGGGGAUUGCGUUCGGACGGUUGGGGAGGGCGGAGGAGGUUGCGGAUGAGGUUGUUUUUCUGUUUGGGGAGGGGAGUUCGUUUGUUAAUGGGGGUGUUUGGGAGGUUCAUGGGGGGGAUUAA